GUCACACACGCUGCUUUUUGAAGAUGGCGGACACAGAAAUUGCCUCUGCCAAGAAAGAAAAGAAAAAGAAGACAAAGAAAAUUACAGAUGAAGAAGUUGGGGAAAUUCAAGAAAGUGGUGACUUCCUCAUCAAACCUGAAUCUAAGGUUGCAAGCUUGGACACAUCUCAAUGGCCAUUGCUGCUGAAGAACUUUGAUAAGCUGAACAUCAGGACGGGUCAUUACACUCCUCUGCCACAUGGGUCGAAUCCACUCAAGAGGAACAUACAUGAUUAUGUCAGGGCUGGUUUCAUUAAUCUGGAUAAACCUGCUAACCCAUCCUCCCAUGAAGUUGUGGCUUGGAUCAAGAGAAUCCUUCGCGUUGAGAAAACGGGCCACAGUGGCACUCUCGACCCCAAAGUGACGGGCUGCCUGAUUGUGUGUGUAGAGAGAGCCACGCGAUUGGUCAAAUCUCAGCAGAGUGCAGGCAAAGAGUAUGUGGGAAUAGUACGGCUACACAAUGCUCUAGAGAACGAACAUCAGCUAGCAAGGGGUCUGGAGUGUUUAACAGGAGCUUUGUUCCAAAGACCUCCACUCAUCGCCGCUGUGAAGCGACAACUGCGAGUGCGGACCAUCUACGAGAGCAAACUGAUCGAAUAUGACUCUGAGAGAAGAUUAGGUAUAUUCUGGGUGAACUGUGAAGCGGGCACAUACAUCAGAACUCUGUGUGUUCAUCUGGGGCUGCUGCUGGGAGUCGGUGGUCAGAUGCAAGAGCUGCGACGUGUCCGCUCAGGUGUUCUGGGUGAAAAGGAUAACAUGGUGACCAUGCAUGAUGUGUUGGACGCCCAAUGGCAGUUUGACCACAACAAAGACGAGACGUAUCUGAGGAGAGUGAUCUUCCCUCUGGAGAAACUGCUCAUAUCACACAAGAGGAUCGUCAUGAAAGACAGUGCUGUGAACGCUAUAUGUUACGGUGCGAAGAUCAUGUUGCCAGGCGUCCUGCGAUAUGAAGAUGGUAUUGAGAUGAAUCAAGACAUUGUCGUCAUAACUACCAAAGGAGAGGCUAUUUGCACAGCGGUCGCUCUAAUGACCACAGCUGUCAUAUCCACAUGUGAUCACGGGGUUGUCGCCAAAAUCAAGAGGGUCAUUAUGGAGCGUGAUACAUAUCCGCGCAAAUGGGGCCUUGGACCAAAGGCAAGCCAGAAGAAAACGAUGAUUCAAAAAGGACUUCUAGACAAACAUGGCAAACCAAAUGGCAGCACCCCUGCAGACUGGAAAGACGGUUAUGUGGACUACAGCACUCCCAAGACAAAGAAGGUGGAGAGUGGUGAUGAUGGUCCAACAGGAACAAAGCGGAAGCGAGAUGACAGUGGAAGUGACAAUGACACUGCUGCCGCCACUCAGGACACUUCAAAGACAGAAGAAAUCAAGGAGAAGAAGAAAAAGAAGAAAGAAAAGAAACUAAAGCUGCAGACUGAAGAGGGAGCCGUUGAAGCUCCUGAAGAGGCACCUGCAGAGGGUGACACUGAGGUUACAGAGAGUACAAAGAAGAAAAAAAAGAAGAAAAAAGUGAAAGAUGCAGAGAAUGGAUCAGAGUGAACAUGGAGACUCCUGUAAUAUUAGACUGAUAAAGACCUUCAAGGUUUUGGAGGAAGAUCACACGGACCCUUUGGUCAAGUGGAAACUCAGUCCUCUAAACUUGCCCACCAGUGAGUCAUGUCUGUUCUGGCGUGAUUGGUCAACAGCGGAUUGGUCAAGAUCCAUGGCAGUUUGUUUGCUUCUGAAUGGUUGACUUUUUGUUUACUUGUCCUUGUAGAACCCAUGUUGCCUGGGUAUAUUCAUGUAUUUUAAGUGGAGAGAUUUUUUUAUUGUUGUAAAUACAGAGAAUGAAACAGUUAUCCUUAACCAAUCAAAAGAAACAUGAAUAUUUGCUUACAAA